CAAAAAUUGUUGUGUCAUUUAAUAUAUUUCGGUCGAGUCGUCCGGAUAACAAUUUCGUUUGGUGCUCUCUUAAGUGCUGAUAUCGUUUUAGUGUUGGAAAUAGUGUGCCUUUGUAUCUUAUUGUUAGAAUAAAUAACUUCACUCUGGUGUUUAUUUUAAUUUAAAAUAUAUAUUCAAACAACAAAAUGAGAGCUUUCGUUAUUGCUAGUGUAUGUUUAUUCAGUGUGUUGAGUGUUGGUACGGCACAGUUCUCAAACGGACGUGUUCUGGAUCCACCAAACCCACAACUAUGCGCACAGAGGAUAAUCCACGAAAAGACACCCGAUGGCAAAGGAUACUUUUUCUCGUGGAGAGAUCCUAGCCUAAAGGGUGUCGAAGAAGAUUGGUUGACUGCCAGAAACUACUGCCGCAGAAGAUGCAUGGACUCAGUUUCCUUAGAAACUAGUUUGGAAAACGAAUGGAUCAAAGCCCGUGUGGUUAACGAAAAUGUUAAAUACAUCUGGACAAGUGGUCGAAUUUGCGAUUUUAAGGGCUGUGAACGCCCAGAUCUUCAACCAACUUCAGUCAACGGUUGGUUCUGGACAGCUACUCUACAAAAACUCGCUCCAACUACCGAACGCCAACAGGGUGAUUGGUCACCAACUGGUGGAAUUGGCUUGCCGCAGCCAGACAACCGUGAAUUGAAGCAAGGCGGUGCACCCGAAAACUGCUUAGGUCUAUUGAAUCAAUUUUACAAUGACGGAGUUAACUGGCACGAUGUUGCAUGCCAUCACAAGAAGCCAUUUGUGUGUGAAGAGAACGAUGCUCUUUUGAAAUAUGUUCGUUACACAAAUCCAAAUCUUCGAGUUUAAGAACCAAACGCAUUUUUGCGAACGAAGUUGUACAACUAUAAAUAUUUAACAAUAUGUAUAAUAUUCAAAACAUUUCUGUAGUUGAAAAAGAGAAACAAAUGUUUAGAGCAUACCAAAAAUGAUGUUAAUCUUCUAAUGUUUUUAAGUUAUUUUGUAAUUGAUUUCUUUCUUAUUGUGCUAACUUGAGUUAUUCUUCGAAAUUAGUUAUAAGAUUUAAUAUGCUCGCAUAAGAACUAACGAAUACAUUUUUAAAAUUCGUAUAUUAAUUUUUGAAGAAGAAAUGUAAUUUAAGUACAUAGAAUUUU